AUGCUCUUAAAUUCAAAGAAGAGGCGCCUGGAAUGUGUUGUAGUGUCGGUAAAGUACAAGUCUUUUUUACCUCUUCCUGAGCCUCUUUACAGUUUGAUUAUGGGGUUCCAUCCUGAUCACAAAAAUUUCAUGGACCGUAUUAGAAAAUACAAUAACUGCUUCCAAAUGACAUCUUUUGGAGCGAAACAAAUUAUCGAAGAUGGAUUUAUGCCCACAUUCAAAGUGAAAGGUCAGGUGUAUCAUUUAAUUGGUAGUUUGCAAGCUUUACCUCAACAAAACCCUCAAUUUCUACAGAUUUAUUUCGUUGGAGAUGAUGAGAGAGAAACACGCUUAAGAUGUAGCCACUUCGCUGAUGUAAAGCAAAGCCUGGUAAAACAAUUACAAGCGAUGUUGCACCAUAAUAACCCAUACAUAAAGGACUUGAAAACCACACUCGAAAGAGUACCUCAAAAUAGUAAAAACUUUGAAAUUAUAAUACAAGCUGAUAGAAAACCUGAUAAUGCUCACAGAGGACGUUAUAAUGCACCAACAACAAGUGAAGUAUCAUUGGUCAUAGUUGGACAACAGUUUGAAAAACGAGAUAUUAUGUUACAAAGUCAUGAUAACAAAUUGCAACGGGUUAGUGAAUUGCACCGUUCAUACGAUACACUUCAGUACCCGUUACUUUUCUGUCAUGGGGAGGAUGGUUAUUCCAUUAAUAUCUCUCAGAUUGAUCCAAAAACUAAAUUACCACUUCAGAAAACAGUUUCUGCAUCGCAAUUUUAUUCUUACCACAUCAUGAUUAGACAAACGGAAAUCAACCAUUUACUGUACUUUAGAUCACUUUUUAAUCAAUAUUUAGUCGAUAUGUACGCUAAAAUUGAAACAGAGCGCUUAAAUUUUAUUAAAAACAAUCAAAUGCAACUCAGAGCUGAUAAUUACAUACAUCUCAGAGAUGCUAUUGGGAGACAAGAUACUGAUCUUACCCAUCUUGGUCAGAUGGUAGUUCUUCCGUCAUCUUUUACUGGCUCACCACGGUAUAUGCAUGAAAAAACUCAGGACGCCAUGACAUACGUUCGUCAUUACGGUCGUCCUGAUUUAUUCAUAACUUUUACAUGUAAUCCUCGAUGGAAAGAAGUUUCAAAUGCAUUACUUUCUGAACAAAAGUCCUACGAUCGUCAUGAUAUUAUAGCUAGGAUAUUUCAUUUAAAAGUUAAGACGUUAAUGAAAUUGUUAACAAAAGGGAAUUUGUUUGGGGAAGUGCAAUGUUUUAUGUAUUUGGUCGAAUGGCAAAAACGUGGUUUACCACACAUAAAUAUUUUGCUAUGGCUAAAACAGCGCAUUUCUCCAGAUAAAUUAAAUUGUAUCAUUAGUGCGGAAAUACCUGAUCCUGAAAAAGAUUCUCUCCUUUACGAUAUUAUCAAAGCCAAUAUGAUCCAUGGGCCUUGCGAAACACAGACAGGAGACGACGGGUAUCCAAAGUAUAGGCGAAGAGCUCCAGAAAAUGGUGGUUUUACUGUUGAAAUAAAUGGUAAUACACUUGAUAAUCGUUGGGUAGUACCGUAUAACCCAGUGCUUUCACGUACAUUUGGUGCUCAUAUUAAUGUAGAGUACUGUAACUCUGUAAAAUCUAUAAAAUACAUUUGUAAAUAUAUUACAAAAGGAAGUGAUCAAGCAGCAUUUGGUUUUGAAAAUGAUAAUGAUGAAGUCAAGCUUUAUGAAAGUGGUCGAUAUAUCAGCAGCUCUGAGGCUGUAUGGAGAAUUCUGGCUUUUCCUAUCCACGAGAGAUUUCCAACAGUCUUCCAUCUUUCCGUGCAUUUAGAAAAUGGCCAGCGUGUUUAUUUCAACCCUAAUGACUCCAGUCGUUUAACAGACAUGAUUAACAAUCCACCAAAAACUACUCUUUUAGCAUUUUUCGACUUAUGUAAAACAGAUGAUUUUGCAAAAACACUUCUUUAUGUUGAUGUUCCCUCUUACUAUGUAUGGAAAAAUAAUAGAUUCGAGAGAAGAAAACGUGGAAUUAACGUAAAUGGUUGGCCGGGAAUAAAACGAGAUCAAGCUCUGGGUAGAGUAUAUACCAUUCACCCUAAUAAUACCGAGUGUUACUAUCUUCGCCUUUUACUUCAUGAAGUCCGAGGUCCUACAUCUUUUUUGAAAUUGAGAACUGUUAACGGCACAAUUCAACCUACUUAUCAGACAGCGUGUACGGCUCUAGGCUUACUGGAAGACGAAAGGCACUGGGAUACAACUAUGGAAGAAGCUGUGUUUUGUGGUUCUCCAUUUAAAUUACGGGAACUUUUUGCAAUUAUGUUGAUAUUUUGUCAAUUGUCAGAUGCUUUAAGUCUUUGGGAAAAAUACAAGGACAGUCUUUCAGAAGAUAUACGACAUCGAGUGGAGUUGGAUAUACAACCCGAGAAUGUGAAUUCAAUUAUUAAUGAAGUAUACAAUAAAUGCUUAGUUACUCUUGAAGAUACUGUUCUAUCUCUGGGAGGUACAUCUUUGCAACAUUAUGGUUUACCUCAGCCAUCAAGAUGUGAAGCAGUCUUACAAAAUAAAGAUUACCUUCGAGAGAUCAAUUAUGAUUCAAAUAUUUUGGCACAGUAUAUAAAUUUUAAUGAACAUUUACUAAAUAAUGAACAGUCCUAUGUAUAUAACAAAAUAUUACAAGGCAUUGAAAAGAACACUGGCCAAACAUUUUUCUUAGACGCACCUGGAGGCACUGGUAAAACAUUUGUCAUAAAUAUUUUAUUGGCCAGAGUACGAAAAGAUCAUGAAAUAGCUUUGGCUGUAGCUUCUUCAGGCAUCGCUGCUACAUUGCUAGAAGGAGGUAAAAUAGCUCAUUCUGUAUUUAAAUUACCAUUAAACCUAACGAGAGUAGAGACACCUAUGUGCAAUAUUUCCAAACAGAGUAAUAUAGCACAAGUUCUAAAAUACUGUAAGUUAAUAGUUUGGGAUGAAUGCACAAUGGCCCACAAGGGUGGCUUUGAAGCCCUCAAUAGAACAUUAAAAGAUAUAAGAGGAUAUAAUAAUUUGAUGGGUGGAGUCACUGUGCUGCUAGCAGGAGAUUUUCGGCAAACAUUACCCGUUAUACCUAGGGGUACAAGGGCUGAUGAAGUAAAGUCAUGUCUAAAAGCUUCGUAUUUGUGGCCACAUAUCCAGAAAAUUGCACUUCAUAAAAAUAUGAGGGUUCAUGUGAAAGGUGACACAUCUGCUGGGAUUUUCGCUGAAAUGUUACUUAAAAUAGGAGACGGAAAUUUCCCUUCAUUGGAAUGUGAGAUCACUAUUCCCUCAAAUUUGUGUACAGUUGUUAGCUCUUUAUCAGAACUAACUUCCAGAAUUUAUCCAGAUAUAAUAAAUAUCAAGAUGAAACCCAUCGAAUGGUUGUGCGAGCGAGCCAUCUUAACUCCAAAGAACGACAAGGCAGCCGAAAUCAAUGAAAUUCUACUAAAGGCAUUUAAUGAAAAAGCUGUUGAAUAUAAAUCUUUUGAUUCUGUGAUCCAAUCAGAUGAUGCUGUCCAUUACCCUUUAGAAUUUCUUAAUACUCUGAAUCCUUCUGGUCUUCCAUCACAUAAACUUAUCCUUAAAAUUGGAGCACCUAUAAUGUUACUAAGAAAUCUUAACCCACCUAAAUUGUGUAAUGGAACUAGAUUGCAAGUUAAAUCUCUGCACAAAAAUGUAAUAGAAGCUAUAGUUAUCACUGGGUGUGCUAGAGGAGAUAUAGUUUUAAUCCCGAGAAUAACGUUAAUUCCAACUGAUUAUCCCUUUGAGUUUAAAAGAAUACAAUUCCCAAUCAAAGUUUGCUUGGCUAUGACUAUUAAUAAGUCUCAAGGACAAUCAUUGAGCAUGGCAGGGAUUGACUUAAGAGAAGAAUGUUUUUCACAUGGACAGUUCUAUGUCGCAUGUUCUAGAGUUAGCUCUGCCAGUAGUUUGGUUAUUUUAGCACCAAAAGGCAGUACCAAAAAUACUGUUUAUAAAGAGGUAUUGAGAUGA